AUGGCCAUGGGUGGAAAGCGGAAGAGGAACCAGGAUUCCGAUGGAGAAGAAGAUUCUUCCAAGCGAAAAAUCAAAACCGAGACGAAGGAGCCAUUCCGUCCUUCCAUGAUCAAAAACAAGGAGAAGAGAUCCGAAGUUCAUGCUAAGCUUAAGCAUCAGAAAAAGCUCGAAAAACGCGCUAAAUCCAAGGCCCGCGAUGCUGCUGUCAAGAGAGCUAUCGAGCUCGGCGAGGAGCUUCCAGAGAAGAAGGUCCCUCGUACGAUUGAGAAUACAAGGGAAGUAGAUGAGACUGUUUGCAAGCCUGAUGAUGAAGAGCUAUUUGCUGGAAAUGAUGCUGAUGAAUUCAGUUCAAUUUUAAAUCGGCAACAUAAUCCCAAGAUAUUAGUCACCACUUGCCGCUUCAAUUCUACUAGGGCUCCUGCUUUUAUAUCAGAAUUGCUUCAGAUUAUACCAAAUGCACAUUACUUCAAGAGAGGAACCUAUGAUUUAAAAAAGAUUGUAGAAUAUGCAAAUAAAAAGGACUUCACAUCUAUUGUAGUUGUACACACCAAUCGCAGGGAACCAAAUGCUCUCAUAAUUAUAGGCUUACCUGAUGGACCUACUGCUCAUUUCAAACUCACAAAUCUUGUUUUACGCAAGGAUAUUAAGAAUCAUGGAACCCCAACUAGUCACCGGCCUGAGCUUGUUUUGAACAACUUCACAACACGUCUAGGUCAUCGAGUUGGAAGAAUGAUUCAGUCCCUUUUUCCGCAAGAUCCUGAGUUUAAAGGCCGACGUGUAGUCACAUUCCACAACCAGAGGGACUUCGUAUUCUUCCGGCAUCAUCGGUAUAUUUUCGAAAAAAAAGAAAUUAAAAAGAUCGAGUCUAAAGGUAAAAAGGAUGAGGAUGGCGAGGCUGAGAAAGUUCCUGACCAUAAAACAAUUGCCCGACUUCAGGAAUGUGGUCCUCGUUUCACCUUGAAAUUAGUUAGCUUGCAGCAUGGAACAUUUGACACUAAAGGCGGAGAAUAUGAGUGGGUUCACAAGCCGGAAAUGGACACAAGUCGAAGGAGGUUCUUUCUGUGA